AGAUAUUGGCUAGUAAUAUUUGUUCAGCUCAGUGGUAACAUUGUUAUUUCAAAUCUUAAAUGGCUACACUAGUAAACACUGUACGUUAAAACCGUUGUACCUUGAUCAGGAAAGUAAUAAUGUAAUUAUGACAUAAAAAUAAUACAAUAACGAUGGAAGAAUUUAAUAUUGAUAUUGUGCAUGUUCUUCAGAAUAGAGAUUUUAGUGUGUUGCAGAAGUUAGUAUCACAUUGUUAUGAUUUUCGAGCAAAAAUUGCCGCUAAAAUUGAAGAUACAACUGCAUAUGAAUCUGAAUGUAUAGAGAAAAUAGCACAAAGCGGUAACAAAAUAUUAGAGUUAGAGCAAGAAGUUGAAAGUUUAAAAUCUGAUAUAGAUGCAACAAAAUUACAACAAAAAAUUAUAGAUAAAAAGAUUACGAAUGCAAUUAAACAGCAAGAAAAAUUAGAAGAAGAAGUUAAUAAUGCCAAAGUAAAAAGAGAUAGUUUGUCCGUUGAAAUUGUUGAUUUACGUGAAGAAUCAGAACAAAGAAAAGAACAGAAAUUAUUAACUUGGAAAAGUAUUAAACUUGCUUGUCACACUUAUAAACAGCAUUUGGGCUUUCAUAUAGAAUUAGUCAAUAAUAAAGAACAAGAACAAAUUAAAGUUUCCUUUUUUAUAAAGAACACUAAUGCAAAAGAUAAAUACUUUGUACAGUUACUUAAUUGUAAUAAUCAGUGGAGAGUGGAACAGAUUCAACCUACUCUUAAAGGAGAACAUUUGAGUGAGUUUGAAGGAAUUAUUGACUUCUCUAAACAAUCAGAAGUUUUGGAUGUAACUGCGCUUCUUUGUAAGCUCAGAGAAACUUUUGUUAAGUAUUACUAAAAACAAAAUAAAAUUGAAACGUUAUAUAUAUACAUAGGUACGGAUAAAUUUAUAACAUUGAUGCUAUUUAUUAUAAGAUUAAAGCCUUUAUUAAUAAAAAUUAAUAACUGAA